AUUCCACAAGUAUAAAUAUUGAAUAACAAAGACAGUUGUGCACUUCAUCACAAUUUAAUAUAAAAAUUUGAUAGAAAUAAAAUAAAUAAAAGCCAACAUCUGUUUUAUUCCCCUGUUUCUUCUGCAACAAAUCCCCCCUCUUAAGGUUUAAGGUUAAAAAAAUCUCCUCCGCCGACCCGCCGCGGUGGUGGUGCCGCCGCCGUGUCUCCUCCCACCCACUAAUCUCUCAUUUUAGAUCUGCACAAAUAGGGGGUUUUUCUCUAAUUAUGUCACAACUGGGAAAUGCAAAUAUGGUGGAGAAAGGUAAUAUCUCGGAUUACAGAAACAAGUUGGACAAAACGCUGACAUCGCCCGAUUUGACGAGCGAUGAAAACGUUCGUACCCUUGUGAAGAAUCAAAUUUUACAAUCACUGGCUUCUGAAUCAGAAGAAUACAAUGAAUAUGUGGUGGAAAGAAGAAGUAGAGAAAUGUCGAAUUUCCUUAAUAUGUUGAGGAGUGCCUCUGCGAACGAAGUCGAGAUGUCGAAAUCCAUCAACGAAUCACACAAUGGAUGGAAGAUAAAACAAGACACUGAUGAAUUCCGAGUUAUGUAUCGAGAAGGACCGGAAGGAACUCCGCUUCACACACUCCUCGUUGAAGGCUAUGUUGAUGGGCCCGUCGAUGUUUGUGCAUGCGUUUCAUCGGAGUCCGAUCUUUAUAAGAAAUGGUGGCCUCAAUCUGCGAUUCCAACUUUCAAAGUCACCUCAUCCGAGUGUCUACAAAAAGUUAGAAUUGGUGAACAGAUAUCGUUAGUGAGAAUGAAGGUUUCAUGGCCACUUUCGAGCAGAGAGGCUCUAGUGCAUUACUUUGUAUUCGAGUAUUUCCGAGACGGUCUAGUUGUUGUACUUCUUAACUCGAUAUCUGACUCGGAGACGGUAAACAAAAGUACGCACGGAUUCACGAGAGAUUUUAUACCAGAUGCAGAAGAUGUAGUGAGAAUAGGUGUGGUCGGAGGUUUUGCUAUACAGAAAGUUACACAAGAUCGGAGCUACUUCAGGACAAUAGCGAACAUGGAUCUAAAAUUAGACUUAAUUCCACCUGCAUUGCUCAAUUUUAUCUCGAGGCAGCUCGUUGGCAGCGGUUUCAAGCUCUACAAAAAGGAAGUUGCUUUGGUUUCUCAAGGCGACAAAAAAUUUGUCGAGGCGUUAAAAGGCCCGCUCUACACUCGUAUACACAACGCUCUUUAUUCGCAGAACACAUCCGUUAUGCUCGAAGAACCACCUAUAGAAGCUUCCAAAGACAACAAUGCUACAAUAAAUAUUAAUGAUGCAGCGGCGAGCGACGAAAUUGAGGAGCUCGAUAAAAAAGAUACCGAGGAAAAAAGAGAAUCUUUAUUAGAUAAAUGCAUUAAAAUAACAUGUCACAAUUUAGGACAAGAAAUUACGGAAGAGUUUACGGAGGUCGAAAAGGCGGCAACAAAUGGAAUUACGGAAAAUAAGGUUAGUGUUCGUCCGGAGGUUCAACAAGCUUUGGGAACAUUAGACAAGGCUAUUACAAUACUUCGCGAGUAUAAUAAUAAUAAUAAUAAUAAUAUUAGCCCCGAUGAUAAAAGUCAACUGUGUAAUGUUGAAAAACGAGACUCGAUAAGUAGUGGCGAAAAUAUACAGACGAGAAGCAAGAUUGCACCGGCCCCACAAGACGAGAAUUUGCUGGAGAAUCAGAAUACUGUAUCGAAGGGCUCGGAGAAGACGGUGGAGAGUAUUUCAGCAAGUGCCGAUGCGAAGGGUAUUAUUGGAAAUAGGGGGAGUAAAAUGAAAAACAGAAAAUCGAAGUUUCUAUUCUUUAAAGUGACGUCUGUUUAGCGCUCGAAUGUUUGUAAGAAAAUCUUUGAAGAUUAUGCAAGUAUAAGGAGUACUUAGUGUAUACGUAUAAACUUAUGUACGGAAUUUCUGAAUUUCCGCCGAUCUAUUUUCGGUUUUGAAACAAUAAAUUUCGUUAUGAUUUUCGAUAUGAUUUUAAUCUCCGAAAAUUCCAAUAUUUAUUCCCAAAAAUUUACACUGGUGACAUCGAAA